AUGGGCAACUGCUGCCGCUCGCCGGCCGCCGCCGCGCGGGAGGACGUCAAGUCCUCGCACUUCCCCGCCGCCGCCGCCAAGAGGAAGCCGCACCAGCCUCGGAGCGGCGCCGCGGGGGGCGCGGCGGCGGGCGGAGGAGGCGGAGGCGGAGGGGCGAAGCGGCUGGCCGUGCUGGGCGAGGAGGGGUGCGACUUCAUCGGCGGGAUCGACGACAAGUACCUGCUGGACCGGGAGCUGGGGCGCGGCGAGUUCGGGGUCACGUACCUCUGCGUCGACCGGGACACCAAGGAGCAGCUCGCCUGCAAGUCCAUCUCCAAGCGCAAGCUGCGCACCCCCGUCGACGUGGAGGACGUGCGGCGGGAGGUGGCCAUCAUGCGCCACCUGCCCCGCAGCCACAGCAUCGUGUCCCUGCGGGAGGCGUGCGAGGACGAGGGCGCCGUGCACCUCGUCAUGGAGCUCUGCGAGGGCGGCGAGCUCUUCGACCGCAUCGUUGCCAGGGGCCACUACACGGAGCGCGCCGCCGCCAACGUCACCCGCACCAUCGUCGAGGUCGUGCAGCUCUGCCACCGCCACGGCGUCAUCCACCGGGACCUCAAGCCCGAGAACUUCCUCUUCGCCAACAAGAAGGAGAACUCGCCGCUCAAGGCCAUCGAUUUCGGCCUCUCCAUUUUCUUCAAGCCCGGUGAAAAGUUUUCAGAAAUUGUUGGAAGCCCCUAUUACAUGGCUCCCGAAGUAUUGAAGAGAAACUAUGGACCGGAAAUAGACAUAUGGAGUGCCGGGGUUAUCUUAUAUAUUUUACUAUGUGGAGUUCCUCCGUUUUGGGCUGAGACCGAACAAGGGGUAGCACAAGCUAUUCUUCGUGGGAAUAUCGAUUUUAAGCGAGAACCCUGGCCUAAUGUAUCGGAAAAUGCUAAAGAUUUGGUUCGACGUAUGUUGGAACCAGAUCCAAAGCUCAGGUUAACUGCAAAGCAGGUUCUUGAGCACCAUUGGCUUCAAAAUGCUAAGAAAGCUCCAAACGUUCCUCUUGGAGAUAUUGUCAAGUCAAGGCUUAAGCAAUUUUCGAGAAUGAAUAGAUUCAAAAGAAGAGCUCUAAGAGUCAUUGCUGAUCAUUUGUCUGCUGAGGAAGUUGAGGACAUAAAGGAGAUGUUCAAGGCAAUGGAUACUGACAAUGAUGGCAUUAUCUCUUGUGAAGAAUUGAAGAGUGGGAUAGCAAAAUUUGGCUCUCACCUUGUGGAAUCAGAAGUGCAGAUGCUUAUUGAAGCUGUGGAUACAAACGGUAAAGGAGUACUAGAUUAUGCCGAAUUUCUAGCUGUCUCUCUUCAUCUGCAAAGGAUGGCAAAUGAUGAGCACCUUCGGCGGGCCUUCUUAUUCUUUGACAAGGAUGGCAAUGGUUACAUCGAGCCGGACGAGCUUCGAGAGGCUCUGAAGGAUGACGGAGCAGCUGAUAGCAUGGAAGUUGUGAAUGACAUACUGCAAGAAGUUGACACCGAUAAGGAUGGCAAAAUUAGCUACGACGAAUUCGUGGCGAUGAUGAAGACGGGCACAGACUGGAGAAAGGCAUCACGGCACUACUCGAGAGGCAGAUUCAACAGCCUUAGCAUGAAGCUUGUGAAGGACGGUUCCGUCAAAUUGGGCGUGGAGUAA